CCCCCUCCGCUCCCUGCGCUCGGCUCCUCGGCCGCCGCGCUCGCUCUCCUCUCUCCCUCUCCCUCCUCUCCCCUCCGCGCUGCGCAGCUUUGCAGGAAGCCUCCGCAGCCUCCUCCUCGGCCGCCGCCGCCUCCGCCGCCUUUGUUGCCCGGUCCCCGGCGCGGGCGGCCCCCGGAGCUCCCUCCCUGCCCGCCGGUCUCGGUCCCGGGGCGCCCGUCCGGCCCAUGAAGGGCGCCCGCAGCCGCCGGCGCCGCCGCCUCCUCCUGCUCGGGCCCGGGGGGACGCAGGACUGAAGCGCCCGGGGCGGGCCGCGAGGGCACCAUGGAGGUGAACGCGGGAGGUGUGAUUGCUUACAUCAGCUCCUCGAGCUCAGCUUCCAGCCCUGCAUCUUGUCACAGCGAGGGUUCGGAGAGCAGCUUCCAGUCCUCUCCUUCUUCAGUCCCAUCUUCUCCAAACAGUUCUGCGUCAUCAGAUUGCAAUGGCAACAUUAAUGCUGAAGGCACCUCGAAGAGUGACCGGACAGAUGGCCCCAUGAAAACCAGCAAAUCUAGUGUCACUGGGAUGACUAAAGGUCCCGCAGGAGCGACAAAAUUCAGUGGUAUGGUUCUUCUGUGUAAAGUCUGUGGGGAUGUGGCGUCAGGAUUCCACUAUGGAGUUCAUGCUUGUGAAGGCUGUAAGGGGUUCUUCAGGAGAAGUAUUCAGCAGAAUAUCCAGUAUAAAAAGUGCCUGAAGAAUGAGAACUGUUCUAUCAUGAGGAUGAACAGGAACAGAUGUCAGCAGUGCCGCUUCAAGAAAUGUCUAUCUGUUGGGAUGUCACGAGACGCUGUUCGGUUUGGUCGAAUUCCUAAACGUGAAAAGCAGAGGAUGCUGAUGGAAAUGCAGAGUGCUAUGAAGACCAUGAUGACCAGCCAGUUCAGUGGUCACUUGCAGAGUGAAGCGUUGGUGGAACGUCACGGACAGACAACGUCACCGGCCCAGGAACAGCUGAGACCCAAACCUCAGAUGCAACAGGAGAACAUGAAAAGUCCCUCUCCUCCACCGUCGGAUUUUGCAAAGGAAGAAGUAAUUGGCAUGGUGACCAGAGCCCAUCAGGACACCUUCAUGUAUAACCAAGAGCAGCAAGAGAACUCGGCUGAGGUCAUGCAGCAUCCGAGGGGAGAAAGGAUUCCAAAGAGCAUGGAGCAGUAUAAUUUAAAUCAUGACCAUUGUAGCAAUGGGCUUGGAGGCAGCCAUUAUCCCAGUAGUGAGAGCCAGCACCACCUCAGCGGACAGUACAAAGGGAGGAGCAUCAUGCAUUAUCCAAAUGGGCGUGCCAUUUGCAUUACAAAUGGACACUGUAUGAACUUCUCCAAUGGCUAUACUCAAAGAGUAUGUGAUCAAAUACCAGUUGAUGGAUUUUCUCAGAAUGAGAACACAAAUAGUUACCUGUGCAACACUGGAGGGAGAAUGCAUCUGGUGUGUCCUAUGAGUAAGUCUCCAUAUGUGGAUCCUCAUAAAUCAGGCCAUGAAAUCUGGGAAGAAUUUUCCAUGAGUUUUACCCCAGCAGUGAAAGAAGUGGUUGAGUUUGCAAAGCGUAUCCCAGGGUUCAGAGAUCUUUCCCAACAUGACCAGGUCAACCUUUUAAAGGCAGGGACCUUUGAGGUUUUAAUGGUACGGUUUGCAUCGCUGUUUGAUGCAAAGGAACGUACCGUAACCUUUCUCAGUGGAAAGAAGUAUAGCGUGGAUGAUUUACGCUUGAUGGGAGCUGGAGAGCUGCUGAACUCCAUGUUUGAAUUUAGUGAGAAACUAAAUUCUCUACAACUCAGCGAUGAGGAGAUGAGUUUGUUUACAGCUGUAGUCCUAGUAUCUGCAGAUCGAUCAGGAAUAGAAAAUGUCAACUCUGUGGAGGCUUUACAAGAAACCCUUAUUCGUGCGUUAAGGACCUUAAUAAUGAAAAAUCAUCCGAAUGAAGCCUCAAUUUUUACAAAACUCCUUUUAAAGUUGCCAGAUCUGCGUUCUUUAAACAACAUGCACUCUGAAGAGCUUUUGGCCUUUAAAGUUCACCCUUAGGGCUGUUUGUUUAUUUAUACAUGGACUGGUUCAUGCAGACUGUAUAUUUUGUGCUAAAAUGCUUAUUUAUAGGUUUGUACCCUGUGUGGAGAAAGAGGAACCCUUAAGACAUUACAUGAUUGUUAGAGAUCCCUGCAAUCACGCAAUAAUACGGAGAACUUUUCAGCCACCCGGCAAUGCACCUGUCAGCGUCCUCCAUGACAUACACCAAAUCAGCUGUGUCGCUCUUAAACAGGAGAAGCUACACUGAAUUAUAGUCACACUGAAUGUUAAGGCUUUUUUCAUCUGCCAGAACCAAAAAGAAUUUUCAUCUCCCUGUGGUAUAAA